UAAUCAAACAAUUAAAAACACAUUAAUUAACGAAGAGAUUGCACAUCCUAGGCUCGAGAUGACUCAUUUAAAUUAAGCAUUAAGCUAGUAGUCACUCUCUCCAGGCGCCGUUCUCUCUUUUCUCUCUCUCUCUCCUUCUGGGAAUGGUAACUCAAUUUCACCACUGAGAGCUCAAAAUUCGCUUACUUCAUCCCCUUCCCCGAGUAAACCACCUCACAUAGACAGAAAGUUGUGUCAUGAUGGAAACAAAAGAAUUCCCUGCAUGGCUUGAGGUUUUGCUUAAGGAGAAGUUUUUCAACGCUUGUUUGGAGCAUGAAGCAGUUAAGAAGAACGAGAAGAACAUCUUGUGUAUUGACUGUUGUCUUUCCAUCUGCCCUCACUGUCUCCCUUCACACAACUCUCAUCGUCUUCUUCAGAUAAGAAGGUAUGUGUAUAACGACGUUUUGAGAGUAGAGGAUGGUUCCAAGCUAAUGGACUGCUCUUUAAUUCAGCCAUACAUAACGAACAGUUCAAAGGUUGUGUUCAUCAAUGAACGUCCACACUCACGACAGUUUCGUGGCUCCGGCAACUUCUGCUACACCUGUGACCGGUCUCUCCAGUCUCCUUACGUCUUCUGCUCUCUCUCCUGCAAGAUUAGUGACGUCAUAAUGAGACAAAGAGGACUCUCGGGGUUUCUCCACGUCUGCAACUAUCUUCAAUUAACGGACGAAGGAGCAACAACAUCUACUACGCCUAGCUCCACGCUCGAAGCAACAGAUUCAGGCGGUGACGGAGGAGUGGACAUGUUCUGGUGUCAGGCGCUCGCUUGCACCGCGUCAACUGAAGUCGUUAGGAAGAAGAGAAGCAGCUUGACGGCGACUUGCGGGAGAGUCACGACGGCGGUUGCUUCGACCAACACGGAAGCUCCGGUGAACUUUUUCAACCGGAGGAAGAAUACUCCACCGCAACGAGCACCGCUCUAUUAGGUCCGUAUGGUAAGUAGAAUGAAUACACGUAACGUAACAAUAUAGUCGUC